UUUCUAUCCAACGCGAACAGAACAAGCAGCUUUGCUCCUCGGUUUCUCGGUUUCUCCUCCGGAAAACGGUCAUACAAAUACAAACACUCUGUGCUGUGUGGAGAUCCCUACGUGAGUGACUGAACCUCCCUUCCAUUUUUCCACUCUCUCACUUUACGAUGGGAGCAUAUCUCUAACUGGGAGAUUAUCGAUAAAAUGUCACUUGCAAAGCCGUUGAAGAAGUUAGCGUCGUGUGUUAUCCUUGAUUUGGAUGGUACACUUCUUAACACAGACGGCCUUGUCACUGAAGUUUUAAGAGGUUUCUUGGGUAAGUAUGGGAAGCAAUGGGAUGGAAGAGAAGUUCACAAAAUAGUAGGAAAGACGCCGUUUGAAGCUGCAGCUGCUAUUGUGGAAGAUUAUGAGCUUCCUUGCACUACAAGUGAAUUUAUGUCAGAAAUCAACCCAAUUUUCUCUGAAAAGUGGGGCAACAUCAAAGCACUUCCAGGUGCCAAUCGUUUGAUUAAACAUUUCAGCAGUCAUGGGGUCCCAAUGGCAUUGGCAUCAAACUCUCCGAGGGUAAACAUAGAAAGCAAAAUUUCCUCUCAUCAAGGGUGGAAGCAAUCCUUCUCUGUCAUCAUUGGUGGUGAUGAAGUGACAUCUGGGAAACCAUCUCCUGAAAUAUUCGUUGAAGCAGCUAAAAGGCUAAAUGUUGAACCUUCAGCCUGUCUAGUAAUUGAAGACUCUAUACCAGGUGUCACAGCAGGUAAGGCUUCUGAAAUGGAAGUGGUUGCUGUACCAUCCAUUCCGAAACAAUCCCAUCUUUACACUUCAGCAGAUGAGUUGAUCAACUCUCUGCUUGAUUUGCGACCUGAAAAGUGGGGCCUACCUCCAUUUCAAGAUUGGAUAGAGGGUACUUUGCCGAUAGAAGCUUGGUACAUUGGUGGGCCAGUCAUUAAGGGAUAUGGUCGUGGCUCAAAGGUACUUGGAAUCCCUACAGCUAAUCUAUCCACCGAGGGUUAUUCAACUGUCCUUUCAGAACAACCCUCAGGGGUAUAUUUUGGUUGGGCCCGAGUAUCAACUAUAGGCGUUUUUAAAAUGGUCAUGAGCAUUGGCUGGAACCCAUAUUUUAACAACCCAGAAAAGACUAUAGAGCCAUGGUUGCUUCAUGACUUUGCUGGAGAUUUCUAUGGGGAGGAUUUGCGUCUUGUUGUAGUUGGUUAUAUACGACCUGAGGCCAAUUUUCCAUCCCUUGAGAGCCUGGUAGCAAAGAUUCACGAGGACGGGAGAAUCGCAGAGAGAGCUCUUGAUCUUCCAUUGUAUUCAACUUACAGGGACGACCCAUAUCUGAAAUGCUCUGUCAAGGAUGGUAGUCACUCCUGAAUUUUUCAAAAUACAUGAUGCUUCCUCUCAUUUAAAAAUGAAAAUGAUUUCAUUUUGAAUGAGAUUCUAUGCAGUCCCAUGAACACAAAUGGGUCUGAUGUAGUGCUGUGGGAAGACAAAAAUCAUUCUGUAUAACAUAUUACGACUCAUUUAUAAGAAGCGAUUAAGAAAGAUAAUCAUUUAA